CUUCGGGAGUGAAGCACCCGCCGGCCCGGAAGGAGCUAACGCGAACUACGGCCGCGGCAGCCAUCGCUCUUUGCAGUUCGGUGUCGGAGUGAAUAGGGCCGACUCCAAGCAAGGAAUUGCGUUUUCUCCAACCGCAGACCCUAUAAGAUUUGGCUAUGUCCUUCAUAUUUGACUGGAUUUACAGUGGUUUCAGCAGUGUGCUACAGUUUCUAGGAUUAUAUAAGAAAACUGGUAAAUUGGUAUUUCUUGGAUUGGAUAAUGCAGGAAAAACAACAUUGCUACACAUGCUAAAAGAUGACAGACUUGGACAACAUGUGCCCACGUUACAUCCCACUUCAGAAGAACUAACCAUUGCUGGCAUGACCUUUACAACUUUUGAUCUGGGUGGACAUGUUCAAGCUCGAAGAGUGUGGAAAAAUUACCUUCCUGCUAUCAAUGGCAUUGUAUUUCUGGUGGAUUGUGCAGACCAUGAAAGGCUGUUAGAAUCAAAAGAAGAACUUGAUUCACUAAUGACAGAUGAAACUGUUGCUAAUGUGCCGAUACUGAUUCUUGGGAAUAAGAUUGACAGGCCUGAAGCCAUCAGUGAAGAGCGGUUGCGAGAGAUGUUUGGUUUAUAUGGUCAGACAACAGGAAAGGGCAAUGUAUCUCUGAAAGAACUGAAUGCCCGGCCCUUAGAAGUUUUCAUGUGCAGUGUGCUCAAAAGACAAGGCUACGGAGAAGGCUUCCGCUGGAUGGCCCAGUACAUUGAUUAACACCAGCCCACAGCAGUUCCAGGUCUCACCAUUCAGGCCUACUCAGAGAUUUGAUCACUCAACAUGCAUAACUUGAAUUCAAUAGACUUUUAUUGUUGGUUAGAAAACAGAUGUUUUUUAGAUUAUUAAUAUUUUAUCAACUUAAUUUGAGUGAGAAUUGAAAACUGAUUCAAGUAAGUUUGAAUAUCACAAUAUUAGCUUUCUAAUUCCAUAAAAAUACUUAGUUUUUACAGUUUAUAAUGUGACAUUACCCCCAGCACCAUUUUUGGACAGCAACUUUCCAGACGACAUUUGAAGCACUUUUUAACAACAUCAAACUAUAAAUAUCAACCAUAUUUAAAAGCUCAUCAUGUUAAAUUUUUUAUGUAAUUUUUUGGAACUAGUUUUUAAAUUUUAGAUUAUAUGUCCACCUAUCUUUAGUAAGCAGUUAAUAAUAAGCUUUUAUGACUGCAUGAUGCCUUACAGUUUCAAUUAUUAUUUUUCAUGCAAACGUCAUGCAAUAAAACAAACCCUAAUGUUUGGCA